AUGAGUCGUGCAGACUCCUCCGACACAGCAAAAGGCCCUCCGCCUCUUGUUACCACCUCUUCGUCGGCAGUCACAAAGAAGGCCGUCGGCAAAAGGAAGCGAGACAGCGAGAUCAGACUGGUCCCAGACGAUCAGCGUAUAUUCAAAAGUCAACGCUUCUAUUUCUUCCCCAAUAGCGACAAGCACCCAGCACGCAAACUGAGAAUUGCCAAAGCCAUCGAGUUUGGAGCGACCUGGGAGUCGGAAUUCAACGAGAGCGUAACGCAUAUCGUGGCAGACAAGAGCAUGGACUACGGCCUUCUGCUGAAGUACUUGAAAAAGGACGCUCUACCACCACACAUUGCCCUCGUUUCCGAGAACUACCCUGCCGAAUGCAUCACGUUCUGCAGACUGCUAGAUCCUCGUCAACCGCAAUUCAAAGUCCGAGGCUACGACCUUUCUGCCGCUGCACCACCCAUAUCAUCAGCCUCUUCAGAUCGCUCGUUAAAGUUGAAGCCCGCUCCUGAUUCCGUGCGGGCUCGUCAGCCGGAAACGCCUGUGCAAGAUGAUCGUGUACCAGAGUCGCCUCCCACUGUGUCUACUGAAGAUGGUGAGGGCGAGGAGGAUCGAAACCCCAGUGCGCCGCCGAUCGAAAGUACCGCAGAGUUCGAUGCAGCAUUGAAACAAGCUCGAGAUCUGCGGCACGUUCCUUUAGACAUGGAAGAGGAUUCGGGCAGCAGGCCGACGAGCUCUGACGGCCCAGCGACGGACGAUGAAAGACCACCAGCAGGAUCCGAGCUCGACCGACGGAAAAAAGGCAAAGCCCAGAACUAUCAAGCCAAAUUCCAAUGCAUGCACAAGCACACCGGCUCCGACGAAAACCCCAAUGUUGGCACCAUUGCCAUUCUGCAGCAAAUGGCGGAAUACUACAAUCAAGUUGGAGACGAGUGGCGCACGAGAGCAUAUCGCAAGGCCAUAUCGACCCUACGAAACCAUCCGACCAAAGUCUGGACACGAGAGGAGGCCUUGGCCCUACCUCAGAUCGGCGGAAGACUCGCCUCCAAGAUCGAAGAGAUUGCCUACACCAAUCGCCUGCGACGCCUGGACAACGCCAAAGCCGAGCCGCAAGACCAAGUGCUGCAGACCUUUAUGCAGGUGUAUGGCGCUGGAUUCGCGCAGGCGAGCAAAUGGGUCAACGCCGGCUACACCACCCUCGACGAGCUGGUGGAGAAAGCGGAAUUAACGCCCAACCAGCGCAUUGGGAUCGACCAUUACGCAGACUUCAACUCGCGCAUCCCGCGCGCCGAAGUCGAACAGCACGGGAAUGCGGUGCGCAAAGCCUUGCACAAGAUCGAUCCCGCUUUCGACGUAAUUGUCGGCGGCUCAUAUCGACGAGGCGCGAAAGAUUCGGGCGACAUUGACUGCAUCAUCACCCGGCCGAACACGGACUUGCCGCACAUCAGACAAGUAGUCCUGGACCAACUGGUUCCCAAGCUGUUCGCAAAGAGAUUCCUCAUGGCCGAGCUGGCAGCGACGUCGCGCGACGACGGCAGCAAAUGGCACGGCGCUUCGUGCAUCGCUGGCAGCAGCAGCAGCACCGGCAUCUGGCGGCGCAUCGAUCUGCUCCUCGUCCCCUCGGACGAACUAGGCGCGGCACUGAUCUACUUCACCGGCAAUGACAUCUUCAACCGUUCGCUGCGACUACUGGCCAGCACAAAGGGCAUGCGCCUCAAUCAGCGCGGGCUGUACAAGGAUGUCAUCCGCGGCAAGGGGCGGGAGAAGCUGAGCGAGGGGACGUUGGUGGAGGGCAGGGACGAGAAGCGGAUUUUCGAGGUGUUGGGGGUGCCUUGGAGGCCUCCGGAGCAUAGGAUUUGUUAG